AGCAUGGAGAGCUUAAGAAGUGUCAGAAGAUCUAAAGAGGAGAAAAAACUACUUCGAAGGCAAAUUAAAACCAGUCACACAUUACUGAAACACGAGGGCAUAAACACAGUGUCACAUCCCACAAAGCAUCUGGUGGUGUCUAAUGGAGGUCUGGGGAAUGGAGUGAGCAGAGAGUCGCUGCUGGAGGUUCUUAAAGAGGGAGGAACUGUUGAGUCGCUCCUCACCCCUCCAGCGAAACCUUAUGCAUUUGUAACAUAUUCAUCAAUUGAAGCAUGCCAGAAUGCUUAUACAUUUCUCAAUGGACGAGCACUGCAGUGUCAGGAGCAAAGUGUGACACUUUAUUUCAGCUAUGUCGAGAAAGUGGACGGUGAGCGGAGUGUAUCCUGUGCUUUACCUCCUGGUCUGUUGGUGUUGGAGGAUUUUGUGUCUCCAGAGGAGGAGCUGCAACUGCUGCAUGCUGUUAAUUGGACACCGUAUACUGAUGAUGUCACGGUGCAGAAAGCUUUGAAACACAGAAGAGUGAAGCAUUAUGGGUAUGAAUUUCGGUACGAUAAUAAUAACGUGGACAAAGACAAGCCUUUACCCGGUGGCCUGCCGGCAGAAUGUGAUGCUUUACUACAAAGAUGUUUGGAUGAUGGCCACAUAAGUGUCCUCCCAGACCAGCUCACUGUAAACCAAUACCAAAGUGGACAAGGAAUUCCUCCUCAUGUGGACACUCACUCUGCAUUUGAAGACACCAUUCUUUCCUUGAGUCUCGGUGCAAAGACAGUAAUGGACUUUAAACAUCCUGAUGGACGUUCUGUUGCCGUGGUGCUGCCCGAGCGAAGUCUGCUAGUGAUGAAAGGAGAGAGCCGUUAUCUGUGGACUCACGGCAUUACACCUCGGAAGUUUGAUGUGGUACCAGUGUUGGAGGCUGGAGGGUCAGGGGUCAUGACCUCUGACUUGAGUAAUCUGACCCUGAGCCGCCGUGGUACCAGGAUAUCGCUGACCUUCCGAAAAAUCUGCCAAACACCCUGCAACUGUGCCUAUCCAUCUGCCUGCGAUAGCCAGCGGCUGCCCUCUCCACCCACUGUGCCUGUUGCUGAAGGUGAUGCGUGUCGUUUGGAGUCACAGUAUGUCCAUCAGGUCUAUGAAGAGAUUUCCUCCCACUUCAGCAGCACACGACACUCACCGUGGCCUCAGGUGCGAGAUUUCCUACUGUCCCUGCCACCUGGUAGUGUUCUGGCAGACAUCGGAUGUGGCAACGGCAAAUACCUGGGGAUCAACCCUAAAGUGAUGUCGGUGGGCUGCGACCGCAGUGCUAAUCUGGUGCAGAUCUGCACUGAACGAGGUCAUGAGGGAUUCGUGUCAGAUGCGCUGUCUGUCCCCCUGCGCAGUGGCAGCUGUGAUGCCUGCAUCUCCAUUGCAGUCAUUCAUCAUUUCUCCACACAGGAGAGAAGACAGGCCGCUGUCAGAGAGCUGAUCCGGUUAUUAAAGGUGGGAGGAAGAGCUCUGAUCUACGUUUGGGCUAUGGAGCAGGAGUACAACAACCAGAAAUCAAAAUAUCUGAAAGAAAGAACAACUGGAACUAGCAUGGAGAAUGGCAAGGAGCUUAAAACUGAAGAAAAUAAGUCCAACCAACCGGAGAAGCAUGAUAGGAUGAGUUCAGACAUGAAAUGCACAGAGGAUGGUUUUGGGAACGUGACACAACCCAGAAUCCAUGUCCAUACUAACCGCACAGCUUUCCUUUCCCAAGAUCUCCUGGUGCCGUGGCACUUAAAAGGGAAUGCGGACAAGAACAAGGGAGCAACAAGUAGUAGCACAGAUGUCCCUGUGGACAACACAAGCCAGAGGCCCGUAUUUCACCGCUAUUAUCAUGUCUUCCAGCAGGGAGAGCUGGAGGAGAUGUGUUUUGGUGUGGCAGGUGUUAAAGUGCUUAGGAGCUACCAUGAUCAGGGUAACUGGUGUGCGGAACUGGAGAAGACACAUUAUACCUCGUCAAAGGAUGGUAUUGCACAGGAAAAAGUCUAGUUCAUUGAAUGAAUACAAAAUUUUAAUUUAAAAUUCACAUUUUAAUAUUGUGUAUAUUUAAUAUUUGUUUGUUUCAUGCAUGCAGUGACAGUUAAUAAAAGACAACUGAAGAAUAGUGA